AUAUAAAGAUGUGGACUUAAAAACUUCAUAGCAUCUCCAAAGAAAAAUAGAGAAAACAUUAAACCAUGGAGGAUAUCAGAGCACGCGCCGCCGCCAAAGCCUUGUCAUUAAACUCCCAGUCCCAACACCCCUCUCCACGCGCCAUCACUUUUAACCGUCUCUUUGCUGCCAUUUACGGCAGCGCCCUUUUGGCUUUGUUUUAUUAUCACAUAACUUCACUUCUCAAAUCCCCUUCUUUAGGUUCCUUCUUCAUCUCUGUUUUCUUGUUCAUCUCCGACGUCGUGCUGGCCUUCAUGUGGGUUAGCUCUCAAUCCUUUAAGAUGAAUCCAAUCCGCCGCCGUGAGUUUCCGGAAAACUUGAAAGAGUUGCUGGAAAAGGACUCGGAUUUUCCGGCGUUGGAUGUGUUUAUUUGCACGGCGGAUCCGUACAAGGAGCCGCCGAUGAACGUCGUCAACACGGCCUUGUCGGUCAUGGCGUACGAUUACCCUACAUGUAAGUUAUCUGUGUAUGUGUCCGACGACGGCGGCUCCGCCAUGACGCUCUUCGCUUUUAUGGAGGCGGCUAGGUUCGCCGCCAAGUGGUUGCCGUUUUGCAGGAAAAACGACGUCGUAGAGAGGAAUCCUGAUGCCUUCUUUACUUCCAACCAUGAUUUGAACUCUGAGACAGAAGAGAUGAAGAUAAUGUAUGAGAAAAUGAAAAUGAGAGUAGAAAAUAUUUGUGAGAAAGGGAAGGUUGGAAAUGAAUUUCUGAAUGGAGAAGAAGAGUGUAUGGCUUUCAAUCAAUGGACCACAUCCUUUACUCCUCAACAUCAUCCCACUGUUAUUCAGGUACUCUUGGAAAGCAGUAAAAACAAAGAUAUCGAGGGUGAAGCAUUGCCAAAUCUCAUCUAUAUCUCAAGGCAAAAAAGUGUAACUUCCCAUCACAAUUUCAAGGCUGGUGCUCUAAAUACUAUGCUUCGAGUAUCGGCUACAAUGACCAACGCGCCAAUUAUUCUCACUUUGGAUUGUGACACGUAUUCCAAUGACCCGCAAACCCCAUCUCGUGUCUUGUGCUACCUUUUGGACCCAAAACUUGGAAACGACUUAGGUUAUAUUCAGUUUCCUCAAAAGUUUCGUGGAGUUAGCAAAAAUGAUAUCUAUGCUGGAGAACUAAAGCACUUGUUCAUAAUAAACCCAGCUGGUAUGGAUGGGCUAUUAGGCCCAAAUUACGUUGGCACAGGGUGUUUCUUUGUUCGACGAGCAUUCUUUGGAGGUCCAACAUCACUCGAAUCACCUGAACUAUACAAACUUAGCCCAAAUCACAACGUUGAAAGCUCCAUUCAAUCUCAAGAGAUUUUGGAAUUGGCCCAUUUAGUUGCGGGUUGUGAAUAUGAGAAAAAUACCAAAUGGGGUUUCAAGUUGGGGUUUAAAUAUGGAUCUUUGGUGGAGGACUAUUUUACAGGGUAUUGUUUGCAAACGGAAGGGUGGAAGAGUGUAUUUUGCAAUCCAAAUAGGGUUGCUUUCUAUGGCAACGUGCCGAUUAGCCUUCUUGAUGUGAUGAAUCAAGUCAAAAGAUGGAGCAUUGGGCUUUUGGAAGUCGCGUUCUCAAAGUACAGCCCAAUCACAUUUGGUGUAAGGUCCAUGGGCCUUCUCAUGGGCCUUUCUUACGCCCAUUAUGCAUUUUGGCCUCUUUGGUCCAUUCCCGUUACCCUUUACGCCUUCCUCCCUCAGUUAGCUCUCAUCAAUGGCACUCACAUCUUCCCAAAGGUUUGGGAUCCAUGGUUUGUUGUAUACAUAUCGUUGUUCCUUGGAGCUUAUGGUCAAAACCUUGUGGAGUUCCUCCUUAUCGGAGAAACAUUUGGAAAAUGGUGGAAUGAUCAAAGAAUGUGGAGCAUAAGAGCUAUAUCAAGUUUAUUCUUCGGAAGCAUAGAGUUCACAUUAAAGUCUCUUGGGAUUAAUUCUAGUUUUCAUUUCAAUGUCACUAGCAAAGCAAUGGAUGAGGAACAAAGCAAGAGGUACAAGCAAGAGUUGUUUGAGUUUGGAGUUUUCUCACCGAUGUUCGUUCCCAUUACCAUCGCGGCCACCGUCAACUUGGCUAGUGUCGCCGCUGGGCUUAUCAAAAUUUGGAAAUCAGGCGGCGCGUGGGAACAUGUGUUUGCUCAGAUGUUGGUGGCUGGAUUUGUUGUGGUGAAUUGUUGGCCAGUUUAUGAGGCUAUGGCUCUGAGGAACGAUGGAGGGAAAUUGCCACCCAAACUCACUUUCUUGUCUGUCUGUCUUGCUUUACUUCUUUGCUUUUUUGCUACUUCUUUUUGCUAGACAAAUGUUUUCAAUAUUUGGUUGCAUCAAUCUCAAGAUACAUUAAUCUUUCUGCAUUACACUCUU